GUCUCAGCCUAUGCUCCUCAGCGAGCAGACGGCAACGCCCUUGCCGGAUGCGCCCACGUCUGAGCAGUAUCUAGCCGGUGCGGCGUACAGGGACAAGGCUCCAGUCGUCAUUGAUAAUGGCAAUUCCGAGCUACGAGCAGGCUUUGCGAGUGACUACGAUCCUUCUUCUUCCUCUUCCUCCUCCUCAACCUCGCUACCACCUCUGCACUUCCCACCCGUCGUUGCACGCUACAAAGACCGCAAACGCUCAGCAAACAUUCUCCUCGUGGGACCCUACGUCAAUAUGGAUCACGAGUCGAAGAGCAAGGCUCGCACUCCUAAUGAGAACGGACUGCUCGUCGCGCAAGAUGUGCUGGAGAAUGUGCUGGACUUCACCUUUGCUCGAUUGGGCAUCUCUUCCGGAGGGGAAGAGGCAGAGGGCAACGUGGAGCACCCAGUCGCUAUGACUGAGCAGCUGUGCAAUCCUGGAUACUGUCGUUGCCUCGCCUCCGAGCUCCUCUUCGAGGCAUAUGGCGUGCCUGAGGUGGCCUAUGGGCUCGACUCACUCUUUGCAGCUCAUGCGAACGGUGUAGGCCCAGACGGGCUGGUAAUCAGCAGCGGCCAGUCCACCACUACGCUCGUACCCAUGGUAGGCGGCAGGGGGGUCUUGGCGAGUGCAAAGCGGCUCAAUUGGGGAGGGAGCGCUGCUGCGGACCACCUGCUGCGCCUUCUCCAACUCAAAUACCCGGCUUUCCCCGUGCGCCUCUCCUCGCAGCAGGCAAGCACCCUCAUCGAGACACCCGGCCUCUUCUACGCUCAUCCCGGUGGGCAAGACGGCGACUACGCGGAGCAUGCUCGUCGCCUCUCUGAGCUGAAGCAACUGCAAGCGGAGGGCAAGACGAUCCAAAUCCCCUUCACGGUGCCCGAGUCGCGCAGGGGGAAAGAAUUGACGGAUGAGGAGAAGGCAAAGCGCGAGGAGAGGAAGAGGGAGAGCGGGCGCAGACUGCAGGAGUUGGCGCAGAAGAAUAGAUUGCAGAAGAUGAUGGAAAAGGAAGAACAGCUCCGUACAUUCGCCGAACUCAAAGAGUACAAGAACAAAGAGCGUAACAGCGACUGGCUGAAACGCCUGGAGUCCGCCGGCUACCCUUCCGAAGAGGAACUCAUCAAGGCCGAGAAGCGCAUUCAGUCCGCCCUCAAGCGCUCUCGGCGCAGAGACGACGGUGCAGCCGACGAAGGAGGAGCAGAAGAGGAAGCCCCACCAACCUUUCCCCUCAUCGACGUCCCCGACCACGAGCUGAGCGAGGAGUCCAUCAAGGAGAAGCGACGCCAGCGUCUCCUCAAGGCGGGGUACGAUGCUCGCAUGCGCGCGAAAGCCGAGAAGCGCGAGGAGAAACGAGCGGCUGAAGAGCGUCGCCUCAAGGACGAGGAGGAGCGAGCUACGAAUCUGAAAGAGUGGUGCAGGGCGAGGAGAGGCGAGUACGAGGAGACGAUCGAGCGUAUCAAGGAGCGCAAGCGCAAGCGAGAGCUCCUCGCGGAUAGGAAGAGUAGCGUUGCACAGCAGAGGAUGAAGAGUAUCACAAGCCUUGCGAGCGAGGGUAAAGGCGGUGCUGGCGGGACAGCAGGAGGGGGAGAAUCGUCCCGAGGAAAGCGUAAACGUGGAGCAGCUGCGGCAGCUGGCGGCGCUUCACGUGGGGAGGGCGGUGACGACGACUUUGGUGCAGAUGACGAGGACUGGGCCAUCUAUCGAGACAUCCAGGGGGCGGAGGACUCCGAGGACGAAGAGGAGGACGAACAGCUCCUCGUGACCCUCGAAGCGAAGCUCCUUCAGUACGACGCGGCCUUCAGUCGCGCGGACACGCUCGCUGCCCGCCUGGCACGUAAGCGGGCGCUCACCCGUACCUUCUUGGGGGGCACACCAGAAGGAGAGGAAGAUAUAGCUGCUGCGGCGGCCGAGAAGCGUAAGGCUGAUCGAGCGAAAAGAGCCGCUCAGGCUGGUGUGGCGGUCACUGAUCUCGCGGACGAAGAUGAUGAGGAGGGCGGAGCGAACGGCGCGGAUAGCCUCGAGGAGAAGUUGGCCAAGCAGCAUCAGAUCACGCUCAAUGUUGAGCGGGCGAGACUGACGGAGGUUUUCUUCCAGCCUAGCAUGGCGGGUGUGGAUCAGGCUGGACUGGACGAUAUUGGGGAGAUGAUCGUGAGGGGUUUCGAGGAUGAGGAGUUGGGGAGGAGAAUGGUCGGGAACAUCUUUCUCACUGGCCGGCACACCUCCUACUCCGGCCUGCCCGAGCGUCUACGCAACUCUCUGGCCUCACUCAUGCCUGCGUCUUGGUCCUCAUCAAUCAGUGUACGCAGCGCAAAGGAUCCGCGCUUUGAUGCUUGGAGGGGGAUGGCUAAGUGGGCGAGGGAGGAUCGCAAGGAGGGAUGGAUCAGCAGGGCAGAGUAUGACGAGAUGGGUGGGGAGUAUAUCAAGGAGCACAGGUUCGCGAGCGCGGGAUGGUGAGGCUUGCGAGUCAGGGAGGGGAAAGAGACGCAGAAUGAGGAGCUGCGAUCCAGCACACUGAGCUGCGAUUCAACACAAUGAGCUACAAUCGAACACGAUGAGAUGGUAAUGAGUGUGGUUUUCCGCGCAUCGAGGCAACAAAAAGAGAUGAGAGACGAAUAGACAAGGAUCGACGAGGGAGAAUCAAGGAGACCAAGACAAGAACGAGGGACAGCGCCCCUCCCCCGGUGCUGACCGCCGCACUAACAGCUACACCCGCUCUGAGCAUUAUCCGCAUCGAUCCUGAUCGGAUCGGGGUAGUCGG